GACGGGCGGGGAGUCAUGUGACCUGGAGGGGCGGAUUUCAUUUCUCUGAGCCGCUUCCUUGUGCGGAGGGUGCCAGGCAGGCGGCGCCGCUCCGGCGAUGGGGACCCCGAAGCCGCUGAUCGUGCCGUGGCUGCGGAAGAAGCUGGACGACGGGUGCUACCCGGGGGUCAGGUGGCUGGACCAGGGGCGCACCCAGUUCCGGGUGCCCUGGAAACACGGGCUGCGGCAGGACGCCUCCACCGAGGACUUCCAGCUAUUCCGGGACUGGGCCAUUGACAGCGGCAGCUACCGGCCAGACCACGAUGCCCCCGCGCCCUCCGUCUGGAAACGCAACUUCCGCUCCGCCCUGAACCGGAAACCGGGGAUCCAGGUGCUUCGGGAUCACAGCUCAGACGCCGCCGACCCCCACAAGGUCUAUGAGAUCCUGCCCGAGGGAGCCCGGGCAGGUGCGGACGAGGCCCCCAGUGCUGCCGGGGGGGGCAGCGAGGCUGACGGGAGCAGCCAGCUCCUGGACAGGUCGGGGGGCGGCUUCUCCUCCAGCCAGGACGAGGAGCUGGACGACAUUCUGAAUUCACUGGCCCUCUCCAGCCCCGACGAGGAUGCUCCCGGCCCAGCACAAGCACCAGGUGCCUCGUAUGCCACUGACACAGCAACAGGGGGCGCCCUCUUGCCGGGGUUCGGGGAUUUCCCUCCCCUGGAGCCGGCCCCCAGCUCCCUGGAGCAGCUGCUGGGGUCCAACGUGCUGAACACGUUUUUCGAGGUGCGGGUCUAUUACCGGGGGCACCUCGUGCUGCAGACGCUGGUCCCCAACCCGCAGGGCUUCCGGCUGGUGCCCCCCAGCGCCGGGCCCAGCCCGUGCCCCGAGCUGGCGGACGUGGCGCUGCCCGAGCCGGGGGUGCUGCGGGACGGGGUGCAGGCCUCGUACACGGCCCGGCUGCUGCAGGGGCUGGGGGCCGGGGUGCUGCUGCGGGUGGAGGGACCUGCCCUCUGCGCCACCCGCCUGGGGCGCCUCCACGCCUACUGGGGGCGCACGGAGACCCCCGAGCCGGGGGCCGAAGGCGGGGAGCUGUCCAAGGAGGGGUGCACCCCCGUCUACGACCUGCCGCGCUUCGUCAGAGAGCUCAUCCGCUUCAUGGAGGGGCAGGGCAGCUCCCCCACCUACGAGCUGUGGCUCUGCCUGGGGGAGGCCUGGCCGGACAUGGGGCGCUCCUGGAAAAAGAAACUCAUCAUGGUGCAGGUGGUGCCCACGGCCCUGCAGACCCUGCACCAGCUGAGCCAGGCCGGGGGGGCCUCGUCGCUGCGGGCGGAGGAGCCGGACCUGCGCAUCUCGGACUCGCUGGGGGAGGCUGGGCUGCUGGGGGCCCUGCGGGGCUGGGAGGAGCGGAUGGAGACCCAGCCCUACGGCUAGCCGGCCGCUCGCGCUCCCCCACCCAGCCGAACCCCGGCGUCCGGGACAGAGCCCCGGGCUUCACCCACCUUGUCUGUGCCCUCAGGCCGCUGGGGGUGGGGCGGCCUGGUUCUCGGGGCCCGCAAGGAGCAGGUCCAUCCCAGACAGGUGUCUCCCCGGCCUCCUCCUGGGCACCUCCCUCGCCCCUAGGCCGCUUUUCCUCUCACCCGGCCGUGCCCGAGGGUGACGCCGGCGCCUCUUGUCCUGCCCUCCGGGGCAGCGAGAACCAGGGGCCCCCCGCUGGCGUUUCUGGGGCGGCCUUUCAAGCCGCUUCUCCGAACGUCGCAGCCGCGGGGCCCGGACUUGGACGCGGGACCCCAGCCGAGGCCUCACCGGAGCCGCGCGGAACGAUGGCACCCCCGGGGGGGAUUCCUGCGCCCGACCAUGAACCAGCCUGCGCCCCGUGGCUUCAACUUCUGCCGGGUUUUGUCUGUCGAAAUAACACCCUGGAAUCAUGCCGCUUUCA